AUUUAGGACUGGGCCAAGGCCCGGAACCGAAGAGCACUUUACGGUAGCGUUGAAAGGCCUCAUCCAGGACAGCGCAGCCCGGCUGCGCGGCGGACCUGACAUGAUACCGAAAUUGGAAUUUGUAGGGGGAAAGGCUGUAGUGCCGGUGGGAGGUUUGGAUGUACUGGGGCCAAGGCCAUAGGGCCGUCGCCCAGGCCGCGAACGCUGCCGCCAGCAGCAGCGGAAACCAAAGCCUGGGGCCUGCCAUGGCUCGCCGGCGACCUCUCCCUACAGCCGACUGAGCCACGUGAGAUCCUGGUCAGCCCACCCUCCCUACGGACAAACAUCUGAGUUCCUCCCAGAAGCGGCAGCUGCAUAUGAAUCAGACCCGGUCCUACAUUCGAAUGUUCUGUGGCAGCCUCUGUACCUUUAGCUUCCUGAUGCUGAUUUCUUCGUCCCCAUUGAACUGGGUGCAGUUUCUGGUGACCAAGAGUGGCCUUGAACUCUACGCAGGACUCUGGACCUUAUGCAACCAUGAGCUGUGCUGGAACCACACACCCAAGCCACCCUAUUAUCUUCAGUAUUCCAGGGCAUUCUUCAUCAUCUCUAUCCUCAUCAUGCUUAUUAACCUUGGCUUGCUUUUCAACUCUUGCCUUCCUGGAAGAGCAAGCAUGAUCAGCAACUUGGAUCCGAAGGUAUCCAUGCUCAGCUUCAUCUCAGCUGUCUUCUUGCUCCUCUGCCUCAACCUGUUUCUGGCACAGGUUCGCUGGCAUACUAGGAAUAUCAUGGAGUCAGCUUUCCUGUGGACCUAUCAUAUGAAUUGGUGGUGUGACUUCUUAUAUGUGUGUGCUGGGAUCCUCUCUUUUCUCAACUAUGUAACUUUCAAAUAUGUUCCCCCUGGUAUAAGUUCCACUGUGACUCCGAAAGAGAGGUCAAGACUGGGGAUUGGUCCACUGUCAACAACAUUUUGGCCUGCUGAAGAUGAAAUGACAAGAUCUAACAUGAAAUCUCUAACUGAGAGAAAACUACCAAAUGCAGGACUGGAAUGACGUCCUAAAAACAGGGAGAAGUUAAGUUGGGAAUGAUUGUGAAAAUUCUAGGAAACCUCCCUUAUAUCAUGUCCAUGUUAUUGAAGGAGAUAGCAUUAAAGCUAAUUAAAUGUCUUUUGUGUGCUCUGAAUCAAAAAUAUGAAUGAUAUUCAUAAAUGAAGUAAUGAAAAUGCACUUAAGAAAAUUUUGAAAAGAAGAAAUCAAUGUUUAAGGUUAUAAAUAAA